AUGCCUAAUAUCAAUACAUUAUCUAAAGUUUCUACUCACGAUAUAGCCUUUUUAGCACUCAAUGCAAAGGGUUUAGGUUUAAAAAGAUAGACCAAUAGUAUUAGUAACUUCAACAUAGUUAACACAAUUAUCAACAGUUUAUUGCUAUUAUAAUUUUUCUAAAGCUAAACAUUAAAUAAUAAUUGUAAAGGAAAUGAAUAAAUAUCUUUUCAUCUUACUCAAUAUUUUACUUUAAUAAAAAUAAAAUCUACAGAGAUAUGA